AUGAAACCUUGCACAUUCGUAACGGGGAACCCGAACAAGAUCAUUGAGGUGAACGCGAUCAUCGGCAAUUCGAUCCCCAUCCAGUCGGUUGCCUUAGAUGUUCCAGAGAUUCAGGGAACUUUGGAAGAGAUCGCCAGAGAUAAGUGCCGACGCGCGACUCUAAUUGUUAAUGGACCAGUGAUCGUGGAAGAUUCGGCAUUGGAGUUCAACGCCAUGAAAGGACUCCCAGGCCCAUAUAUUAAAUAUUUCCUCGAGUCGCUUGGCAACGACGGUCUUAAUAGAAUGCUCUACGGUUAUGAAGAUAAGAGUGCAGAGGCAGUAUGCACAUUUGCUUUCUCCACAGGCCCUACAAUGGAGCCAUUACUCUUCCAGGGCAGACUGAAAGGCAAAAUCGUCCCUGCCAGGGGUUCGCCAGUAUUUGGCUGGGAACCAAUCUUCGAGCAUGAAGGAGCAACACUUGCGGAAAUGGCACACGACAAGAAGAACAAACUGUCUCACCGGUAUCAAGCUCUACUUAAAUUCCAAAGCUGGUUGACUGAGGGAAACAAUCGGUCAGUUCUUAUUUGA